AUGUUUGACGGUGCUACAGAUGUUUCUGUCAGUGAAAAUGAAACAGUUUAUGCCAGGGUUGUUGAGCAAGGUGUCCCACACAAUGUAUUUGUGAAAAUACAUGCAGUGGAGCAUGCACAUGCAGAGGGUAUUCUGGGUGCAUUUGAAACAGCCAUGGACAGUGUAGAUCCUGGUUGGGACUGGAAACAAAAGCUUAUAACAACAGGAUCAGAUGGUGCCAGUGUGAACUUGGGGAAAAGACACAGUGUGGCUAAGUUGCUCAAAGACCAGGUACCUCACUUGUUUGCCAUGCAUUGUGUUAGCCACAGACUUGAACUUGGGGCCAUAGAUGCAAUGAAGCAAAGAGAUGGUAAAAUGUUUCAAGAUCUCAAGUCUGUACUAAUGAAUUUACAUAAACACUAUCACUACAGUACCAAAGCACUGAGAGAACUACAAUUGUUGUCUGAGGCCAUGAAUGACCAGAUAGCCAAACCUGUCAAUCUGUCUGGAACAAGGUGGAUGCCACAUCUAAGCCGAUGUCUUGAUGUCCUCUUGAGUAAGUACUCUACAUUCGUGGCACAUUUUGAAAACACACUUGAGGGGAAGUCACGGACUGUUCAAGCCAGAGCACAACUUAUUCUUAGACAUCUGAAGGACUAUAAUCUUUUGAACUACAUGCACUUCUUGAAGGAUGUAUUAGCAAUACUGAGUGAGUUGUCCCUGCAGUUUCAGAAGGAUAGCUGUGGGUUACCUGAAGCAACUGAGGCCCUGGAGACUGCAUGUUUAAGACUCUCAGCUCUACACCUGCGACUGGGUGUUAACUUGCAGAAUUUUCUGGACACUGUCACCGAAAACCAUAUGUUUAAGAAUGUUCAACUCCAUGCCCCAACGUUGUCACAGGAACAGUUCAAAACUAAGCAAGAUGCUCUGAUUGACUUGGAUAUCGACCACAUUAGUAGCAGAGUUGGUGACAAGAGUUUCUAUCCAGUCAAUCUUCCAGAAACCAGGGCCGUACCCUGA